AUGAGAUUUCAGUAGCUAAUUAUCAUUCAUAAAGUCAGGACGUACUCUCCACUCAACAAUGAGAUUUCAUUUAUAUUACUUGCUGGGUCUGCUCAGUGUUACAAGUUUGACCCAAGCAGCCAGCAAUCUGAUUUGUUACUAUGAUUCGGCCUCAUAUUUGCGCCAAGGACUGGCAAAAAUGCAUACGAGUGAUUUGGAAUUGGCUCUGCAAUUCUGCACCCACUUGGUCUACGGAUAUGCUGGUCUAAAGGCCGGAACCCACGAGCUGUUCAGCCUAAAUGUGGACUUAGACAUGUUCCACUACAAGGAAAUUACGGUGCUGCACCAGAAGUUUCCUCAACUGAAAAUACUUCUUAGUGUGGGUGGCGAUCACGAUGUGGACACGGCUCAUCCCAACAAAUAUAUAGAACUUCUGGAGGCGAAUCGCACUGAUCAGCAGAAUUUUAUAGACAGCAGCAUGAUUUUGCUGAGGAGAAACGGAUUUGAUGGCCUCGAUCUGGCCUUCCAGUUGCCGCGCAAUAAGCCCAGGAAAGUUCACGGCUCUAUUGGAACUUAUUGGAAGUCAUUCAAGAAACUUUUCACUGGCGACUUCAUUGUGGAUCCCCUGGCGGAACAGCACAAAUCACAAUUCACCGAUCUCGUGGGCAAUUUAAGGGACGCAUUCCGUUCUGCGAAUCUCAUGCUAACUCUGACUGUGCUGCCCAACGUGAAUUCUACUUGGUACUUUGAUGUUCCCAAACUGCAUCCCCAGUUCGACUAUAUCAACCUGGCUGCCUUCGACUUCCAUACUCCUGUGCGAAAUCCCGAGGAGGCCGACUUUAGCGCUCCGAUUUUCUUUCAAGACGAACAGAAUCGCUUGCCCCAUUUGAAUGUGGAUUUCCAGGUCAACUACUGGCUACAGAAUCAUUGUCCCGCUCAGAAGUUGAACUUGGGAAUUGCCAGCUAUGGAAGGGCUUGGAAAUUGACCAAGGGCUCUGGGUUAAGUGGUCUGCCAAUUGUUCAAGAGACUUGUGGACCUGCACCCGGAGGUGUACAAAUCGAAAGUGCCGAGGGAUUGCUCAGUUGGCCAGAGAUAUGCUCCAAGUUGUCGCAGAAUUCAUCAGCCCAAUACAGAGGAGAGUGGGCACCGCUGCGCAAGGUCACAGAUCUCACCCAGAAAUACGGAAAUUAUGCCCUCCGUCCGGCGAAUGAAAACGGAGACUAUGGCGUCUGGCUGAGCUUCGAUGAUCCGGACUUCGCCGGAAUAAAGGCGGGAUAUGCCAAGUUUAGAGGCCUCGGAGGCAUUGCCGUAUUUGAUCUGAGCCUAGAUGAUUUCCGAGGACUUUGCACGAGCGUCAAAUUCCCCAUCGUGCGAUCCAUAAAAUACUUUAUGGGAUAGAGUAUUUUUCUGUUUUUGCUAGCAGCCUAAUAUAAUAUUUUAAAAUAAAUAACAAAAAAACAUUUU